AUGGCUUCUCUUCCCAUUGCCUUUGCUGCUCCUUCUGUUAGAGUGUAUGCAGCCACAGCAGCUAAAGGAGCAGGAGGAAGCAAAGAGGAGAAGGGGCUUCUUGAUUGGAUUAUUGGGAGUUUGCUGAAGGAAGAUCAGUUCUAUGAGACUGACCCCAUCCUCAACAAAGUUGAGGAGAAGAACAGUGGUGGCACCACCAGUGGCCGCAGGAACUCUGUUGCUGUUCCCCAGAAGAAGAAGAAUGGUGGUUUUGGUGGACUGUUUGCAAAGAAAGAUUAA